GGUCGGGAUUUGUGGCGGAUUUUUAAGUGGCAAGCAGUGCUUCAGCAGUACGCGCAGCUGUCGUCGAUUAGACAUUAAAGAAAAUACUAAAUGAAAGAUGCGCUACCAUUGUAUGAAAGAUGAAACGCAUUUCCGUUGCAUAGUGUACGGUGGACUUUCAAAUGUGUUUUGAACGCCGCAAAUAAGCAACAAAAAGUCGAUUCGAAAAAGUGGUUCUCACCUUGCUUGUGUCAGUGAUAAUGUUAAAUUGUACCAAAACACAUACAAAUCGUCUACAUGAAAAUGAAAAUAUGAAUUCAAAAGGGAACACAAUACGCUGAUAACUUGCUUAUCAAAUGAAAACAAACACGAAAUGGCUGCGAUAACACUGUUAUCUGUGUUUUCUCUAAAAUACUUUUACCUACUCAUAUACGAACGCUCUAGCGCUACAAAGCGUUGCUACCACAAAGAGGAAGUUCCUUAAAUUGAGUAAGCGAAAAGCUUACGUGUAAUUGCUAAACGUUGUGCGGUUAAACCAGCUCGUCAGUGAAGUAGAAACACGUCGAUGAACAGUUAAUUAACAAAUUCAUAUUCUUAAAAACAAAAAAAUACAAAAACCCACACCUAAAAUACUUAACAAAGAGAAAGAAGUGAUAUUCUUAGUAAAGAAAGUGUUGUAAAUCGUGUAUUUAACACAAACAUAUUGUGCGAUAUUAUGAACGAAUUUAUUGAAUUUCAUUGAAAUUCACGAGCAGAACUCACAAAAUAUUCAAAAUGGAUUAUAGAUAUAUGCUACUGCUACUCUAUUUCGGCGCAGCAGUGGUGCUCUCUUCUGCACAGCACGAGAAUAUACCUUACGAAAAUGUAGAGGAUAUUUGCCAAGAGUGUGCAUGCUUAACGGCACAUGACAGUGAUAAACGCUACCAUUAUUUACUUAGUUGUACUUCAAAGAAAUUCAAGCACAUAUUAGCACGUUGGCCGACUGGGUUCGGAAAGAACCAUGACAAUGUGGAUAUUGUGGCCAGUUUCUCGUACAACAACAUCGAACUACUGCAGCAGUUGCCGGCCACAGAUGCUCAACUCACCUUUUCGUGUCGUCAUUGUGGUAUCAAGAACCUGCAAGAGCCCACAUUCAUUGAUGUACCCAACAUAAGGCGACUAGACUUGAGUUGGAAUGAAAUAACUAGCGAUGUGCUGACACCCGGCGUGUUUCGUGGUCCAUAUCGAGUGACGCAUUACGAACCCAUACAGUUAGUGGACUUGGAUUUGAGUCAUAACAAAUUACAUACGUUAGACAAAAAAGUAUUCGAACACACACCAAAUUUAACGAAAUUAAAUUUGAGUUACAACGAGUUGAAGGUGCUGAAUACACCCACAGUUAUGGCUCUGUCAUCCGUGACCGGUUUGCAGGAACUUGAUUUGUCACAUACUGCCAUUAAAAACGUAUCGAUGUCUAUUUUCAAAUCGUUAGUGAAUCUACGUAUUUUAAAUUUAGCUGGUAAUGAGCUCACUAGCGUGCCUGAUAAGCUGCAAUUGAUUGGCAGAAGUCUAAUUUCACUGAAUUUGGCACAAAACCCCAUUGAACGCUUCACGGAGGAGAGCUUUAUUGGUUUGAAGUCCUUACAGAAUUUGAAUAUCAGUUAUAUGCCGAUUUUGAAGACAGUCGGAAAGAGUGUAUUCACACGCUUAGAAACCUUGCGACGUUUAGACUGUGCACACAACCCAAAAUUGGUAGAAUUCGACAUGGAAAGCUUACUGCAUAGCAGUAAUCUAACUGACCUUGACAUUUCUUACUGUGCACUGACGGCAAUUUCACUCAUAGUGAAUGUAACGGAUAAGUCCAAAACGAACAUCAGCAGUCUUGCCAAACCUUGGACCCAUUUACAUACAUUCGUAACUUCUGGCAAUCCUUGGCAUUGCAAUUGCAGUCUCAUUCAGACCAUGGAAUAUAUCGGUGCACAACACAGCAAUAUGGAUACACCAGCGCGUUGUAAUACACCUUACUUCCUAGCGGGCUCUAUCAUACCCAAUUUGACUUCAGAGGAAAUAUGCAGCUUAAAGAUACCCAGCAAAAUUAAAGUCGUGGAAGAGGAGCCACCGAGAUUUCUGCGCAAACGGUACAUCAUGUUGUCCGUCGUUACCGCGGCUGUGGUGGUGUCGAUUGGUGUAAUGCUCGGCUUCGCAAUUGCAGCUAUACGUCGGCGAUUGAAACGCGAUGACUUUGGCAUUGAACCAAUACGUUACACUAGUGUGAGAAGUAGUAAUUUAUCGGCCUUCUCUCACGGGAAUACCAAUUCCAUUGUUGUGAGUGGGAAUGGUACGACCAAUCCCAGUGUAUAACCAUUCUUAUGUUUAUAAUAGCGCAAAUUUGUUCAUAAAUUUUAGCAAUUUAUGUACAUACCUUCCUACUGUAUGCCUAUUAUAAUAUUUACAUGUGUACAUACAUAGACAUUUACGAUAGUGAUUCGUUUAAUAAUAUAAAAUAAUGCACUUUUUAUAAUUAUUUAGUGAUAAACUCACAUAUUAAUACCUUUUAGGGGUUGCCUACCAUUUAGCUGUCUGAAAUGGUAGGAGAUUUUUUACCAAAGAUGUUUGUAUGUAGUUCGUAUGUACAGUAUAUAGAGCGUAACAAUUUAAAACCAUCAUUUGACCGUUUUUGAAAAGAAAUCCGUAUUUAUUAUGUGUAUUAUAUUUGACGCAUCCACGCACAAGACAAGUUGCCAUUUGUAAAAUAUUCCGCUGUCUACUUAAAUAUUAAUUAGUAAUAAGAAAUUUUCUAUUACCAUUAAAAAUAAUAAAGUAUUAAAGAGUUUUAA